AUGAAUCCCGAAAGGAUUUAUUCUGAUGGGAUGCUGAAAGAUGGGAAAAUGUUGUACAAUUGUGAUGUCUGUAAAAAGUCAUUCUCUCAGAAGCAUAACCUAACUUCACAUAAAUGUAUUCAUACAGGAGAAAAACCAAAUCACUGUGGUGAGAAACCAUUCUACUGUGACGUCUGUGGUAAAUCAUUCUCUGCGAAAUGUAUCUUAACUAAACACAGGCGUAUUCAUACAGGAGAGAAGCCGUAUCACUGUAACAUCUGCGAAUAUAAAAAGAAAUGGGAGGAAGAAUGUUUAGUGAAAAAAAUGGUGAAUGCCAGGACAUAUGUUUAG